GCUGAUGUUCUAUCAGGAGGUGACUCGUGGUUUUAACGUCAUAUCUCUGUCCUCUUGUUUACAGCUCCCUAUACGUGAAAAUAUAUUUUAGCUGGAUUCAGAACGAGCUUCCGGCUGGUGUUUGUGAUCAUGAGCGUCGCGUGGAGCUGUGGAGCGUGUCCGGUCUCCUUUAGGUGCCGUUUAUCUGCCUUCUACUGAUUUCCGCUCCGUCUCACGGUCCCGCAGCGAUGUGCGGAGAGGGUGAAGAGGCGCAGGACGACUGCGGCUCCCGGGAGGAGUGGACGCUGCUGUUCUGGACAUCCGUGGCCGUCGUGGUCCCGGUCAUCAUCACGCUGUGGUGCAGCGCACAACGCUCCAAGAGGAAAACUCACAUGAAGGAUUUCUUUCGCAAGAGCAAGCACGGCUGGCACUACACCGACCUGUUCAACAAGCCCACCUACUGCUGCGUGUGCUCCCAGCACAUCCUGCAAGGCGCUUUCUGCGACUGCUGCGGCGUGUGCGCCGACGAGCAGUGCCUGCGCAGGGCCGACCGCAGCCUGCCCUGCAAGGAGAUCAUGGCCCCCUCCAGCCCCGAAGGAGCCAUGGAGCAUCGCUGGGUUCGCGGAAAUGUACCUCUGGCCAGUUACUGUGCCGUAUGCAAGCAGCAGUGUGGGACCCAGCCGAAGCUCUGCGACUUCAGGUGUGUGUGGUGCCAGACCACAGUGCACGAUGACUGCAUGGAGAGCUUGACGGAUGGAGACGUGUGCGACUUGGGCGAGUUCCACAGCCUCAUCAUCCCCCCUCACUACCUCUACCGUGUCAACAAGCUGCGCCGCAGGCACCCCGACGAGUACAGCAAGCUCGGCUCUUCCUGUGGCAGCGGCUGGACUCCAGUGUUGGUCUUGGCUAACACGCGUAGUGGGAACAACAUGGGGGAGGUGCUGCUGGGGGAGUUUCGCACCCUCCUCAACCCGGUGCAGGUGUUUGACUUAUCUCAGCUGACUCCUUCCAAAGCCCUCCAGCUGUGCACCCUCCUUCCCCCUGGCAGUGUCCAGGUGCUGGUGUGUGGAGGUGACGGCACAGUGGGAUGGGUGCUCGAUGCCAUUGAUGCUAUGAAGCUAAAGGGCCAGGACCAGUUCAUCCCCAGGGUGACCAUCCUGCCUCUGGGGACGGGAAAUGACCUCUCUAACACUUUAGGCUGGGGAGCUGGCUAUGCUGGAGAGAUCCCAGUGGAGCAGGUUCUCCGUAACAUUCUUGAUGCUGAAGUGGUGAAAAUGGACAGAUGGAAAGUCCAGGUGGCAUCAAAAGGCGUCUACUUUCGCAAACCAAAGGUUCUGUCCAUGAACAACUACUUCUCUGUGGGGCCCGACGCUCUGAUGGCGCUCAGUUUCCAUGCACACCGUGAGAAAACGCCCUCCUUCUUCUCCAGCCGCAUCAUCAACAAGGCUGUCUACUUCUUGUAUGGCACCAGAGAUUGUUUAGUGCAGGAAUGUAAAGAUCUGGAUAAGAGGAUCGAGCUGGAAUUGGAUGGGGAAAGGGUGGAGCUUCCCAGUUUGGAGGGCAUCAUAGUCUGUAACAUCGGCUACUGGGGUGGAGGCUGCAGGCUGUGGGAGGGUAUGGGAGAUGAACCGUGCCCCCCUACCCGGCUGGAUGAUGGCCUGUUGGAGGUGGUGGGUGUGUUUGGCUCCUUCCACUGUGCGCAGAUCCAGGUCAAGCUGGCCAACCCUGUACGGCUGGGACAGGCUCACACUGUCAGACUGGUUCUGAAGAGCUCCACCAUGCCCAUGCAGGUGGAUGGAGAGCCGUGGGCGCAGGGCCCCUGCACCAUCACCAUCACCCAUAAGACCCAGGCCCUGAUGCUGUACCACAGCGCAGAGCAGACGGACGAUGAUGACGAUGAAACCAGCGCCUCUGAGACGGAGAGCCCAACUCCUCACGACUCACCCAGGGCGCCGGGGCCGGCGUCUGCUCGAGCGUGACCCGCCACAAACAUCGUGUGACGUGAAGCUCUUGUUAUCCUCGUUACUUAUUUCUGCCGAGUUUGCAUUAUUCCCUCCUUUGCAUUAGUCUUCCUCCUCUGAGGUCUUUGUAGUCACAUCGUGAUGAUUAGAACAGACGUUUUAAUUUAGAAUCUUUUCAGAGAGCUCACAGACGGGGAAAGAUCAGUUUGUUACUGAGCUGGCGUGAAUUGUUUCUUCGGUGUUUUAUCUACACACUCCCCUUCUAACUCAGAGCUCAAGCAGUGUCUCCCCCGAGAGAUUGCUCUUUAAUUGCACUGAUCCUCCGUGCCAUAGAUAACCUAUAGACAACAAUACUGUAUUUAUUACUCUGUAUUUACGAUUGAAUUCUCCGUGCUGCCCUGCAGGUAUCAGUGAGCCAUUCUAACAGGUUGCCCAGGUUUAAUCGACCCCUAAAAGCCAUGUUUAAAUCAACAGCAGGUGAUGACGUUGUGUUUGUUGAGAGAACAGCAGGUUGCGCUGUCUGGUUGAUGCUUUAUUUCCCACAAAUUUUGUAUUCCACAAAAAGCACAAAAAGUGAAAGACUUGCUUUGAGGCUCGGUGUGCCGGCAGGCCCCAGUGGCUCAUGUGUCAAAUGUGUUAUCAUCUUUGAGGAUCCUCAUCGUCACACUGCUGGCAGGUUUUUAGUCACACAGGCUUUGAAAUGUGUGGUCUCGAUGGGGCAUGGACUCUGAUAAAACCGCAGCGUGUUGUCAAUCAGCAGACAUCAGUGUUUACGUUAGAGUGCACUGCCGUUUGCCAAACUGUUAAAUUACACUAAGUUAAAGUGUAUAAACUAUGUUUAACACUCCUGUAUGAGCUACAGGAAACAGCCAGAGUUGCUGAGGCUUGUUUGGAAAGUACUGCCAAGUAGACGUAGUUAGUGGGUCCAUUUUGCCUUCAUUUUGAACCAUUGUUUUUCCUCUGUUUCGCUCCUGUUUACAUAUUUUGUGUUGCACUUUUUUGGCGUUUACACUGAUAAGUACCUUACACUGCCCAGGAUGUUGACCUUUGAUGUUACUGCCGUCGUAAUAACUGCUGUUGAGAUUAUGCUCCCAAAAGUCACCACAAGGUGGCCCACAGUAUUUCUGUAGACAGGACAAUAGAGUGGUCUUCAUAUAUAUUAGGAUCAUCACAUGCAUGUACGUGUCCGUGUAAAGUUCAGGUGAAAUACUAAUUCCUGUUUAUUCUGUACUCAGCAGAAUUUGUGCAGGAGGACUUUUGUGUUUCUGUGUUUUGCCGUUUGAGGUGGUCCGCUGCUCGGAGCCACAUCAGGAAAGUCUGUAGCGUGUUAGUUUGUGCUUUGUUUUGAACCUGGAGCUGCCCUGCUGCUCCGAAGGCUGAACAGGGAUACGAGUCUUGCCGCGCGAUGCCUACUGCUUUCGAAAUAUGCACCUCCCUGGCAGUUAACCAAACCGCAUGGUUUCAUCACCCUCUAUUUGUUUGGCGAACGUUGUCGCUCAAGGACACCUGCUUGAACUUUUACCUUGUCAUCCAUGCUUACCAGAGCUGUCUGUGUUGCACUGAAUUCUGUUUAAAUGUGACAGGGUUUUAAAGCCACUAGGUCCUUAGCCACGCCAGCAUCAUGCUUCUAGUAUAUUUAUAGAGAAAACACCCUGAUUUCUGUAGGAGUCACUACAGUUUUGUAGAGAAAGCCAUCUCCAAAGAAUGAAUCCUAAUGUUUGGUUUAUUUAGAGCACUUCAGAUCAUGAUGUGAUACUCAAAACAGAAAAACUAAAUUUCUGUCUCAGGCUCAGCUACAGUUUUAGCAUGAUGCUAAUUCUAUAUAUGCUUUGGUAUAUAGAGAAUUAGCGUAAUUAACAUGGCAGGAACAACAUGCCAACAUCCUUGCUUGGAGCUGAAUACAGCUGCAGUGGGUGUCAUGGCUGCAUCACAUACACAUAUUUUCAAAUAAAAUUUAAUAAUAUGAAACUUGAAUUAGACUGCUGAUUCCACCAGCUUUUAUGCACCUGUAGCUGAAUCUUACCAAACGUAUAAAAUAUGGACGUUGGUUCUGUCAUGUCACCUAAAUUUUUGCAUUUUGACUUUUUGGUUAUUUUGAGCCAGAAGUCACCAUAUUUGUAUGACAGAAUGGCACAUUUUUAGCUUGAUUACCAAGUUAUGUGUGUAAAGACUGUUACAUUUAAUCAUUAAUUAUUAUUAUUAUCAUUCUUUUGCUCUCUUCCACAGCAGUUAUUUUACCUGUCUUUCCCCCCGUACACCUAGCUGGUCGCUGCAGGUUUCUUCCUGUUAAAAGGGAGUUUUUCCUUCCCACUGUUGUCAAGUGCUUGCUCAUAGGGGGUCGACUCAGUUUUCUCUGUACACUGUAGGGUCUUUACUGUUGAAUAUAUAGUGCUUUGCUUUGAAGCGACCGCUAUCUAGAUUUGGUUCUACAUAAAUAAAACUGAAUUAAAUUAUUAAUUAAAUAUGAGUGCAAUAUGCAAAGAACAGCCCUUAUUAUGACAUGCUUUUUUUUUUUUUUUAAAAUUUACAGUUAUUUGUUUACAAAUUUAAAACAUAUAAUUAAGUUAUAAAAAGUUAAGCACAACCUUCUUGGAUGGACUGUAGCAGCAAGCCAAGUUAUAUGUAAGAUAACUGCAGUGAAAAGAUUACAUGCUCAGUGUAACUACAUUUUCCAUCGCAUUAAUCCGAUUAUCUGAGGUGGUGGUCUGGAGGUCUGUGUUGACAUCCACCUGUUGCAGCUCUAACAAAGCAAACUAUAAGCCUUAAUAAAAUUCACCCGCUGCACAGCUGUUAUGAAACCCUCCACGGAGGCAAUACCGUUUUUUCUAUCAAGCUGUGAACGUGUUUACUUCUGCGGUAAAGCUGGACACUCGAACACGGCACUCUCGUUUGAAUAGAGCCUCAAGUGGUCAUUCAAGGACCUGCAGCUUUUGGCACUUGGUCGCAUGUAUCCGUAAUAACAAUCACUCCCUGUGAUGCUAGCGUGGCUAAUGAACUUGUUUGGGAGGUAUGACUGUGACAUUAAUGGUUGUUUUGAAUUCUGCCAAGUCAUAGCUUAUAGUUUAUUAUUUAUGAAGACACAGAACAGUAUUUAUUUAGAGUCUAAGGCAAAUUGAGUGAAGCUGUGCAGCUGUCCCUCACUGGGAUUAGAUUACUAGAGCUCUGCUUUUGCAUUUGAAAUUCAGUUGAUACAUUUCACUGUGUUGUGUGUACAAAAAUGCUGUUCAUAUUACUUCGUUAUUGCAUAUUUGAAUAUACCUAAUUCUUUUUGACAUCGGUAAAAUUAUAAUAAUUAUAAAGACUGAGAGACAUCUGCAGAAAACACAAAAAUCACAUACAUUUUUAUUACAAGAUGACUCCAGUAGAAAAACUUAAAUGUCCUCUGCUAAACACAGAAACGCCAUCUGGGGGGAAAAAGCUUUUAUCAAACAAUCAUGUCAAACAAAGUUGUUUACAAAAAGAAUAGUAGCGAGGGUUCGAUGGGUUACUACAGGUGAGAGAAACUCAUUUUGAUUGAAAUGAAUGUAAUGAAGCGAUCUUUUGAAUUUGAUGACAUUCCCAUAAAUAUUUUCAUAUAUAAA